AUGACAGCACAGCUUGCGAGGACAGUACAGCUUGCGAGGACAGCGCAGCUUGCGAGGACAGCACAGCUUGUGAGGACAGCACAGCUAACGAGGACAGCACAGCUUGCGAGGACAGCACAGCUUGCGAGGACAGCACAGCUUGCGAGGACAGCACAGCUUGCAAGGACGGCACAGCUUGCGAGGACGGCACAGCCCUCAAAGACGGCACAGCUUGCGAGGACAGCACAGCUUGCGAGGACAGCACAACUUGCAAGGACAACACAGGUUGCGGGGACAGCACAGGUUGCGUGGACAGCACAGGUUGCGAGGACAGCACUGCUUGCGAGGACAGCAAGGCUUGCGAGGACAGCACAGCUUGCGAGGACAGCACAGCUUGCGAGGACAGCACGUCUUGCGAAGACAGCACAGCUUGCGAGGACAGCACAGCUUGCGAGGAUGGCUCAGCUUGCGAGGACGGCACAGCUUGCGAGGACGGCACAGCUUGCAAGGACAUCACAGCUUGCGAGGACAGCUCAACUUGAGAGGACAGCUCAACUUGAGAGGACAGCUCAACUUGAGAGGACAGCUCAAAUUCAGACGACAGCAAAACUUGAGAGGACUGCUCAACUUGAGAGGGCUGCUCAGCUUAAGAGGGCAGCUCAACUUGAGAGGAGAAGGCAGCUCAUCUUGAGAGGACAGCUCAACUUGAGGGGACAGCUCAACUUGAGAGGGCAGCUCAACUUGAGAGGGCAGCUCAACUUGAGAGGGCAGCUCAACUUGAGAUGGCAGCUCAACUUGAGAGGGCAGCUCAACGGUAGAGGACAGCUCAACUUGAGAGGACAGCUCAACUUGAGAGGACAGCUCAACUUGAGAGGACAGCUCAACUUGAGAGGACAGCUCAACUUGAGAGGACAGCUCAACUUGAGAGGACAGCUCAACUUGAGAGGACAGCACAACCUGAGAGGACAGCACAACUUGAGAGGACAGCACAACUUGGGAGGGCAGCUCAACUUGAGAGGACAGCUGAACUUGAGAGGUCAGCCAAACUUGAGAGGACAGCUCUACUUGAGAGGAAAGCACAACAUGCGAGGACAGCACAGCUUGCGAGGACGGCACAGCUUGCGAGGACGGCACAGCUUACAAAGACGGCACAGCUUGCGAGGACAGCACAGCUUGCGAGGACAGCACAGCUUGCGAGGACAGCACAGGUUGCGGGGACAACACAGCUUGCGAGGACAGCACAGGUUGCGAGGACAGCACAGCUUGCGAGGAGAGAACGGCUUGCGAGGACAGCACAGCUUGCGAGGACAGCACAGCUUGCGAGGACAGCAUAGCUUGCGAAGACAGGACAGCUUGCGAGGACAGCACAGCUUGCGAGGACGGCACAGCUUGCAAGGACAUCACAGCUUGCGAGGACAGCUCAACUUGAGAGGACAGCUCAACUUGAGAGGACAGCUCAACUUGAGAGGACAGCUCAAAUUCAGAGGACAGCAAAACUUGAGAGGACUGCUCAACUUGAGAGGGCUGCUCAGCUUAAGAGGGCAGCUCAACUUGAGAGGGCAGCUCAACUUGAGAGGGCAGCUCAACUUGAGUGUACAGCUCAACUUGAGAGGAAAUCUCAACCUGAGAGGACACCUCAACCUGAGAGCUCAACUUGAGAGCACAGCACAACUUACGAGGACAGGAAAGCUUGCGAGGACAGCAAAGCUUGUGAGGACAGCAAAGCUUGUGAGGACAGCACAGCUUGCGAGGACAGCAAGGCUUGCGUGGACAGCACGGCUUCCGAGGACAGCACGGCUUGCAAGGACAGCACGGCUUGUGAGGACAGCACACCUUGCGAGGACAGCAAAGCUUGCAAGGACAGCACGGCUUGCGAGGACAGCACAGCUUGCGAGGAGAGCACAGCUUGCGAGGACAGCACAGCUUGGGAGGGCAGCACAGCUUUCGAGGACAGCACAGCUUGCGAUGACAGCACAACUUUUGAGGACAGCACGGCUUUCGAGGACAGCUCAACUUGAGAGGACAGCUCAACUUGAGAGGACAGCUCAACUUGAGACAGCUCAUCUAGAGAGGACAGCUCAUCUAGAGAGGCCAGCUCAACAUCAGAGGACAGCUAAACUUGAAGGAGAGGUCAACUUGAGAGGACAUCUCAACUUGAGAGGACAGUUCAACUUGAGAGGACAGCUUAACUUGAGAGGGCAGCUCAACGUGAGUGUACAGCUCAACUUGAGAGGAAAUCGACACCUGAUAGGACACCUCAACCUGAGAGGACAGCUCAACUUGAGAGGACAGUCCAACUGUAGAGGACAGCUCAACUGUGGAGGACAGCUCAACUUGAGAGGACAGCUCAACUUGAGAGGACAGCUCAACUUGAGAGGACAGCUCAACUUGAGAGGACAGCUCAACUUGAGAGGACAGCACAACCUGAGAGGACAGCACAACUUGAGAGGACAGCACAACUUGAGAGGGCAGCUCAACUUGAGAGGACAGCUGAACUUGAGAGGUCAGCCAAACUUGAGAGGACAGUUCUACUUGAGAGGAAAGCACUACAUGCGAGGACAGCACAGCUUGCGAGGACGGCACAGCUUGCGAGGACGGCACAGCUUACAAAGACGGCACAGCUUGCGAGGACAGCACAGCUUGCGAGGACAGCACAGCUUGCGAGGACAGCACAGGUUGCGGGGGCAACACAGCUUGCGAGGACAGCACAGGUUGCGAGGACAGCACAGCUUGCGAGGACAGAACGGCUUGCGAGCACAGCACAGCUUGCGAGGACAGCACAGCUUGCGAGGACAGCAUAGCUUGCGAAGACAGGACAGCUUGCGAGGACAGCACAGCUUGCGAGGACGGCUCAGCUUGCGAGGACGGCACAGCUUGCGAGGACGGCACAGCUUGCAAGGACAUCACAGCUUGCGAGGACAGCUCAACUUGAGAGGACGGCUCAACUUGAGAGGACAGCUCAACUUUGGAGGACAGCUCAACAUAAGAGGGCAUCUCAACUUGAGAGGGCAGCUCAACUUGAGAGGGCAGCUCAACUUGAGAGGGCAGCUCAACUUAAGAGGGCAGCUCUACUUCAAAGGUCGCGAGGACAGCAAAGCUCGCGAGGACAGCAAAGCUCGCGAGGACAGCAAAGCUCGCAAGGGCAGCACGGCUCGCGAGGACAGCACGGCUUGCGAGGACAGCACAGCUUGCGAGGACGGCACGGCUUGCGAGGACAGCACGGCUUGCGAGGACAGCACGGCUCGUUAG